UAGGAGAGACGUGUCCGUCACUCAUUUCACAAAAGUCAAUUUUUGUAAAAUCGAAUUGUUGGAACUGAUGUAUGAAAAUAUAUUUUUUGUGGAUAUUUAGAAUAGUGUUUAGCGUAUUCGUACAUCAUGACGCCGGUCACAACUGUGGCGAAAGAAGGGAAUGGGCGAAACAAGGCGUUUUUUAACAAUACCGCCGGCUUCAGCACGCUGAUUACUGUGACCGUGUUGUCACUGGCUUGGCUGGCCGGUUUCGCCUCCCGGCUUUUCGCUGUAAUUCGUUUCGAGAGUAUCAUUCACGAGUUCGACCCAUGGUUCAACUAUCGCUCCACCGCUUAUAUGGUGCAGCAUGGCUUUUACAACUUCCUGAAUUGGUUCGACGAGCGAGCAUGGUACCCUCUAGGGCGUAUCGUCGGCGGCACCGUGUACCCCGGCCUUAUGAUCACUUCAGGCACAAUACAUUGGAUACUGCACACUCUGAAUAUCCCUGUUCACAUUAGAGAUAUAUGUGUGUUCCUUGCCCCAGUUUUCAGUGGUCUCACAGCCAUAGCUACGUACCUGCUAACCUCAGAGCUGUGGUCUCGGGGAGCAGGCCUGUUUGCUGCCUGUUUCAUAGCCAUAGUCCCUGGGUACAGCAGCCGGUCCGUGGCAGGAAGCUAUGAUAAUGAAGGCAUUGCAAUCUUUGCCUUACAGUUCACAUAUUAUUUAUGGCUAAAGAGUGUGAAAAGUGGAUCAAUUUUCUGGUCAGUUUGUACAGCACUGUCCUACUUUUACAUGGUAUCAGCAUGGGGUGGCUACGUCUUCAUUAUCAACUUGAUCCCCCUUCAUGUCUUCGUGCUGCUGAUCAUGGGGCGAUUCUCUCAGCGCCUGUUCGUCAGCUACACCGUGUUCUACAUUGUGGGUCUGUUGUGCUCCAUGCAGAUUCCAUUUGUCGGCUUCCAACCGAUCAGGACCAGCGAACAUAUGGCUGCUUCAGGUGUGUUCGCGUUGUUAAUGGCUAUUGGUGCGUUGAAAUACCUGCACAGUCUGAGUCCCAAGGGUCAGUUCAAACAGCUGCUGAUCGUUGGAGGCUUAAUAGCCGCCGCCCUGGUGUUCCUAGUGGUAGUGCUUCUGACAUAUAUGGGGGUCAUCGCUCCUUGGAGCGGCAGGUUCUACUCUCUCUGGGACACCGGCUACGCUAAGAUCCAUAUUCCCAUCAUCGCGUCGGUAUCGGAGCAUCAGCCCACCACCUGGUCUUCCUUCUUCUUCGAUCUGCACGUGUUGGUUUGCACGUUCCCCGUCGGUUUGUGGUACUGCGUCAAGAAUAUCAACGAUGAAAGAGUUUUCGUGGCGCUGUACGCUAUAAGCGCGGUAUACUUCGCGGGCGUGAUGGUGCGUCUGAUGCUGACGCUCACGCCCGUGGUGUGCGUGUUGGCUGGCAUCGCCUUCUCCAUACUUCACGACCUGAUCCUGAGGGAAGAAGACAUGCCCGUGCCUGUAGCUGAGAGCGACGAGUCUAAGAACCUUUAUGACAAGGCCGGCAAGUUAAAGAAGCGGUCCCACUCGCCGCCGCCGCCGCCGGCCGACUCGGGCCUUGGUAUGAACGUGCGCUCCGGCAUCCUCAUCGCGUUCAUGAUCCUGCUGAUGCUGUUCUCCGUGCACUGCACCUGGGCCACCUCCAACGCUUACUCAAGCCCCAGUAUCGUGCUUGCUAGCUAUGGGAAUGAUGGAUCACGUAGAAUCCUGGACGACUUCAGGGAAGCUUACGGUUGGCUUUCACAGAACACAGCUGAGGACGCGCGAGUCAUGUCUUGGUGGGAUUAUGGAUAUCAGAUUGCCGGAAUGGGUAACCGUACAACAUUAGUGGACAAUAAUACUUGGAACAAUUCACAUAUCGCGCUGGUCGGCAAGGCUAUGGCUUCUAACGAGAGUGCGGCGUACGAUAUAAUGACAGCGUUAGACGUGGACUAUGUUCUGGUCAUCUUUGGAGGGGCUAUCGGCUACUCCGGAGACGACAUCAACAAGUUUAUAUGGAUGGUGCGCAUCGCUGAGGGUGAACACCCUAAGGAUAUUCACGAAGCAGACUACUUCACAGAGAGAGGAGAAUAUAGGAUAGAUAAUGAAGGCUCUAAAACUAUGUUAAAUUGUCUAAUGUACAAAUUAUCCUAUUAUAGAUAUGAUAGCGGAGGUAGUCCUGCAGGGUAUGACCGCACGCGCGGCGCGUUGCCAGGCAACCGUGGGUUUAAGCUUACCUACCUCGAGGAGGCCUACACUACUGAACACUGGCUUGUUAGAAUAUACAGGGUGAAAAAGCCCAAUGAGUUCAACCGUCCUCGCUUACCACUAUCUAAGAGGACGAUUUCUACCAGCAAUCAACUCUCCAAAAAGAAUUCAUUAGGAGUCGGAUCAACGAAAUAUCCGAUGCGCAAGUAAACUAUAUUUAAUACUGUUAAUACCACGUCUAGAAGGAGAAAAGGCUUGAUGAAGAAUAAGCCUACGGUGGUGAAGGGGAAGAAGGUAGUGCGAUUGGAGUGACGUCACUCCUAGCGAAUGCGAGGCGCAUUGCGCAGGCGCGCCAGAUAAUGUUCCCAGUCAGUGGUAACCUUGCAACGGCAAUAUAUCACACUCUACUUAUGACAUUUGUGAACACCUCGACGCUUUCGAGGUUUUCGAAGAUCAGAUGUUGCCUUAACCUUUAAACUAUAAAAGUAUAAUUCUAAAAAUUACCCCAUUUUUCGCAUAAUUUUUUCAUAGAGAAAUGUCCAUAGACACAUAUGGAUUUUAUAGCUUUGUAAUUAACUUCAGUGCAUUAUAGUUAGCAUAAAUAUGCCUUUGCAUAUUUACCACUGAUCAUAAAAAUUGAAUGACUGACACCAAUUCUGUAUGUAUUUAGUCCAUUAGAUAAAGUUUCUUAAAAUGUUUAGAUCUAUUUAGUUGAAAUUGAUUUCUUGCACUGGGUGCAAACGUAACAUGAGUUUGGAGUUGCCGUGGACGUCGUGUUGCUAGAGAAGUUUGUUUUUAAGACCACUAAAUGGUUCAUUAAUUUGCUCCACGCUUUUAGUCCACAUGUGUAAAAUCCUUGGUUCUGUUCGAUAUAACUAUAUCAUUUGUUUUCGUGUUUAAAAUUGUACAUUUUACCUAUGAACAGUUGCAUUUAAUAUUUUUGUGUGAAGUUAUUUUGGUUACUUUACAAACAAACUGCCUUGAUUCGAGUCUUAAGUUAAACACUAUAAGAUUAUAAUGUUAAACACAGUGUUAUUAUUCCUUUAGCGUUGAACUACAUCUGGCUGCACCGUAACCCACUUCCCUAUGCUUCUAUCCUUUUCUGUCAAUUAGAACCGUCAUUUGGUAGAGCGAGAUAAAGAUAGAAUAACGUGCGACCGCACUCCGUCAGCUUGUGUCCGCCGCGUGCGGUCGCAUUAUCUCACUCUAGCAAAUGACCGUUCUGAGUGUCAGAAAAGGAGAGAGAAGCAUAGAAAAGUGCAAUGUGGUGCAGCCAGAUAGAGUUCAACUUUUAUUCGACUUUACGAUAUGCCAGCAUCGUAAUACCUUUUGUUUUGGUCAUACAAAAUCAUUCGAUUGCAUUGCCGUCACGUAAUGAACUCGUGUUACGACUAAAUAAAUAUUGUUCGAUGACGAUAAUGUUUAUAAUUGCUACGUCCAUUUGUAUAAUAAUUAAUUAAUAGUUUAAUGUUAGUUGUUUCACUGUGUAGUAACCUCUUAAUUUUUCACAUUCGUUUUCGUAGUACCUACAAGAUGUACCUCGUUGCAUACUUCAGUACUUAUCACAAGUUAGUUUGGUAUCGUUUCAAGUUUAUUAUCUUAGAUUGUACGGUCGUAAAGAAGGCAAUAAUAUCAUCGCUGUUGUUAAAUGUAUUUAUAAUUUACCAAAGUUCGAAUACAUAAUCGAUAGGUGUCAACUAGUUUGUAUACUGAUUCUCUCAUCUUGAUUGUUGUGACUGCGUGGGAAGCAUUUAAUUUAUCACAAAUAAUUUAAUGAAUUAAAUAUUCAGUGACCAUGUCCAGUGGGUAAAAUGUUAUGGUUUUUUAUUUUAUUGUUGCACAGCACUUUUGUUUUUCGUGUAAACAGAGUUUUAUCAAUCUGUAGGUAAGAUGUCAUUGUGGUCUGCAAUGUUCUUAAUAAACAGAUGGAGAUGAA